AUGGAGCGUCUUAGGGAUCCUGCAGCCCGCCCUCCGUCCCUCGUCUCGCCUGGCUCUUUUCUCUUUCCCAAACCUCGCUCGGGACUGUCCUCCCACCCUCGAAGAAGCAUGGAUAAACAGCAGCCCAGCUCCUUCCAGCAGCUGGAAAAGCUCGGUGAAGGUACCUAUGCUACCGUCUUCAAAGGGCGCAAUCGCCAGACCGGUGAGAUGGUUGCGCUAAAGGAGAUCCACCUCGACUCAGAAGAAGGCACCCCAUCCACUGCCAUCCGUGAGAUUUCCUUGAUGAAGGAGUUGAAACAUGAGAGCAUCGUCUCGCUCUACGAUGUCAUCCACACCGAGAACAAACUCAUGCUCGUGUUUGAAUUCAUGGAUCGGGAUCUGAAGCGGUACAUGGACACUCGGGGCGAUCGGGGACAACUGGAUCCAGUCACGAUUAAGUCCUUCAUGCAUCAGCUGAUGAAGGGUAUCGCCUUCUGUCACGAAAACCGAGUUCUUCACCGUGACCUCAAGCCGCAGAACUUGUUGAUUAACAAGAAGGGUCAAUUAAAGUUGGGUGACUUUGGAUUGGCUCGGGCGUUUGGUAUCCCGGUCAACACUUUCUCCAACGAGGUCGUCACUCUGUGGUACCGCGCACCCGAUGUUCUUUUGGGCAGUCGCACCUACAACACCAGCAUCGACAUCUGGUCCGCCGGCUGCAUCAUGGCCGAGAUGUACACAGGCCGACCCCUCUUUCCCGGCACAACCAAUGAAGAUCAGCUACUUAAGAUUUUCCGACUAAUGGGAACGCCCUCCGAACGAUCAUGGCCCGGCAUUUCACAGCUGCCGGAGUAUAAGCCCACUUUCCACGUCUACGCGACGCAAGAUUUGAGCUUGAUUCUCCCACAGAUCGACCCUCUUGGAUUGGACCUGUUGAAUCGCAUGCUCCAACUGCGUCCGGAGAUGCGCAUCAGUGCCGCCGAUGCUCUGCAGCACCCGUGGUUCCACGAUCUGCCUCAGCUACAGGCCCAGUUGCAGCAACAGCACCAACAGCAGCAGCAGCAGAUGUCUGGGGCAUACGGAGGCAUGGUUCCGCCUCAGUCAGCAUAUUGA